GGCCACGGAGGGAGAGGAGGCCUGAGGCCCAGGGUGGGCACCAGCCGGCCAUGGCUGCAGCUGAGACCGCCUUGCCCUCCAUCAGCACGCUGACCACCUUGGGCCCCUUCCCGGACACACAGGAGGACUUUCUCAAGUGGUGGCGCUCUGAGGAGGUGCAGGACUUGGGUCUCGGUCGCCCUGAUCCCACCGGGCUGCCCCUCCACGUGAGGCCGGAGUUGCAGGACACGCCCAGGGAGGACGAGGACGGCGAGAGGGACUCGGCCACUGCCUGGGAUCUGGAUCUCCUUCUCACCAAUUUCUCGUGCUCAGAGCCGGGCGGCGCGCCCCAAACCUGCGCUGUGGCGCCAGGCGAGUGCUCCGGGGUGCAGUUCCCGCCGCCGCCCCUGCUGCCGCCGCCGCCACCCGAGACUCCCAGCCCGUAUGUGGGCGGCCCGGGGCUGGCUGGGCUCUUGGGUCCCGAGGAGCACCCGGGCUGGGCACGCCCGGCCCCAAGAGCCCCGGCCCCGGACGCCUUCGCGGGCUCAGCCCUGGGCCCAGCCCCCGAGCCCAAGGCACUGCCGCUGCAGCCGGUGUACCCCGGGCCAGGUGCGGGCUCCUCCGGCAGCUACUUCUCGAGGACCGGGCUUUCAGUGCCCACGGCGCCAGGCGCCCCCUACGGGCUGCUGUCCGGGUACCCAGCGCUGUACCCGGUGCCGCAGUACCAAGGGCACUUCCAGCUCUUCCGCGGGCUCCCGGUGCCUGCGCCCGGCCCCACAUCACCCCCCUCUUUCUUGAGUUGUCUGGGACCCGGGACGGCGGGUGCAGGACUCCGGGGAACCGCAGGAGACCCAGGAGGGAUCGCGGACGCGGCGCCAUCCAAACGCAGUCGGCGAUCGUGGGCGCGCAAGAGGCAGGCGGCGCACACAUGCACGCACCCGGGCUGUGGGAAGAGCUACACCAAGAGCUCACACCUAAAGGCUCAUCUGCGCACGCACACAGGGGAGAAGCCCUACGCCUGCACGUGGGACGGCUGUGGCUGGAGGUUCGCGCGCUCGGACGAACUGACCCGCCACUACCGGAAGCACACUGGACAGCGCCCCUUCCGCUGCCAGCUCUGCCCGCGCGCUUUUUCACGCUCCGAUCACCUGGCCUUGCACAUGAAGCGUCAUCUUUGAGCCCUGCCCCAACACUUGGACCCUUCCAGGGGAUUGGGGAUGGAACAACAGCAGAUCCACACAGGGUGGUUUUCCCUCGGACGGACCCUCUCCUGGAUUCGCGGCCCCACAGAUCCACCCAAAGAUCAAGGACUGGCCCAUAGACAGACUGGGGGAACCUCCAACCCAAGCUCCCACGCGUCCUCAGCCACAGAGCUACACAGAUACAGCAAGAGAGAGAGACCUCCAAAUAAACGGACUCUGUGGGACACUCAGACCUUUCGGACAGAGAGACAGACCCUCAGAGAGCUGGACCCUCAGACCAGCUUACAAGAGGCCCUGGGCAGUGGGAGUGGUUGUGGGGUGAGGCUUCCCAAAGACCCUGGGCCUAGAAGGGGGGUUUCACACCUUGACUAAUGAAGCUCUGCAUAGUGGCUGGAUCUGCUGUGAAUGGUUAUAACGGGUCCUGUACUAAUGCCCCUCGCAGAUAAAGGUUCAGCGUUGGC